CCCACCGUUCCUGGUGAUGACGUGGGUUCCAGUGUUGGACUACAAUAUCACCGCGUAUCCAUUCUUUCUCUCGAAUCCGACUGAUAUGCUCACUCAAUCCAAGUUCCCAUGGAUCAACGGUGCCACAACUUACGACGGUUCUUACUUUACCGGCCAUAUUUACGGGUAUCCGAAAUUCGUUGAGCAAAUCAAAGCUAAUCCAGAACGGUAUCUACCGCAGCUACUGUUUCUACCACAGUACAUACCUGAAGGGGACGUCCCAAAAUGCAUGGCCAGAAUUUCCGACUUCUACUUUGGUUUCCCGCCGCAAGUUACUCAAAAGGCACUCACAAUUCUGAUGACGGAUGCGUAUUUCUACCAGCCUGUGAUACAAACGUCACCGCUCAACGGAGGACCAACAUACGCCUACCAAUAUGCAUUCCCUUACCGUCAUUCAACUUGGAACAACGUCUACGGUCCAAGAGACGUUAUCACAGAGAAACCUGGCCACUCGGACAUCUUGCUAAACUUUUUUGAAACUUCUAAAUACUUCAAUCGGUCGACAGACACCCAGACUGAAGUUGAUGUUUCAGAGAGACUUGUCGACCUCUUCACUAGUUUCCUAAUCUUUGAGGGACCCACCCAGGAGAAUGUGACGUGGAACACUGUGGGAUCAGAGCAGAAUUUCACUUACGAGUAUUUAGACAAACAAUUCACUGAGCGACAAAAUCCAUAUCCGGAUAGAACCGAAUUUUGGAGACACCUCCGUAGUGACUUUCCCGGGCUAUACUAAGAAAUAUUAAUUACUUAUUAAUUCAUUAAUUAAGUAAUUAUUGUAUAAGAAAAAAAAAUUAAGGCUGUGUUCGAAAUAUUUAUUCACCAUCACAGAAGAGGUCGAGGUACGGCAAAAUUCGCAAUUUCACAAUAGUCACGCGAUAAAGUCACGUGGUUUUGCACUUUAGCCACCAAUCUGAAUCUCUCACGCAACCACGCGCCGCAGCACUAUUUUGCAAAAGAAAAAAUGAGAAUUUAUGAAAAUUUGA